UAGGGGAAGAAAAUCGAUGAAGCAAAAAUACUUCUUUUGUUCCUGAAUUCAAAAUUAUUUUUGAGUGGAGUACGAAUUGGACCGUUUUGUUCCCAAUUAUUGUUUUUCGAUUGUUAACAGCAUUGAGGAACGCGUGCUUGACGGAAGGUUAAUUGAUAGGUUAUAUAAAUCUGUCGCUUGGGGCGCGGUAUGGAAUUUGAUCUCUCCGAUAGCAGUGGAACAGAUGAUGAUCUUCCUCCUUCCCAUCAACGGAAAAAUAGAUUUCAAUAUCCAGAUCAUGCUACUGUAACUGGAAAUGGAAGAUCAGCAAUCAUAGGCUCAGGUUCAUUUCCUAGGAUACACAAUGACUUGGAAACACAAAUCCAUAACCUUGAACAAGAAGCAUACGCCUCUGUCCUGCGGGCUUUUAAAGCUCAAUCCGACGCUGUCACUUGGGAAAAAGAAAGUUUAAUUACAGAGCUUAGAAAGGAGCUGAGAGUAUCAGAUGAAGAACACAGAGAACUUCUAUCAAGAGUCAAUUCUGAUGACAUGAUUCACAGGAUAAGGGAGUGGAGAAAGGGAAAUGGCCUCCAAUCUGGAACUGUAUAUACUGCUGAACAAGUUCACAACCGCAAUACCAGCCCUACCGUUUCGGCAUCUCGUAAGAAACAGAAGGCAUCUCAAUCUAUGGCGUCAUUACCCUUGGGUGCACCAUCUCCCACAGUGCGUCGACCUGUGCAACCAUCAUCAUCCACAUUAAAGCAUGGAACUCCAUCAGGAACGCAGACCAAAAAGCAAAAAACAUUCCCUUCAUCAGGAAUUACAAGCAGAAGCCAGGUCACUAAUCAGGGGAAAUCUUCUGGUGCUUUUGCAGCUAAAGGACCUGUUGAAGGAGCUUCUUAUGAUCCUUGUAUUGGAAGGAAGGUUUGGACAAGGUGGCCAGAAGACAACCACUUCUAUGAAGCUGUUAUAACUGAUUAUAAUGCUGCUGAGGGACGGCAUGCUUUGGUCUAUGAUAUGAAUUCAGCAAAUGAAACAUGGGAGUGGGUCAAUCUAAAGGAGAUAUCUCCAGAAGACAUUCGUUGGGAGGGUGAAGAUCCUGAAAUAUCUCUGUCUCGUAAAGUUGGCCAGCCUGCUCCGCGAAGAGGAUUGAAGAAGUCUGCGUCUCAUGGUGGAGUUGCUGGUGCUGGAAGAGGUAGGGGAAUGACAAAGGUUCAGCCUAAGAAAGAUUCGAUUUCAUCACAAAAUGCGAGCAGGAAAAAUCCUACAGAUAAUAUUAGGAUACUCCAUACAGAUGCAGUUAUCAAGGAGGUUGAAAAGGUUUUCACUGCCAAUCCUCCUGAUCCCAUUGAAAUGGAGAAAGCAAAGAACAUGCUAAAAGAACAUGAAGAGGCUCUUGUUAAUGCAAUUGCCAGGCUCGGAGAUGUGUCUGACGAAGAAAGUGAUGGAGAACCUCCCUUUUUGAAUCAGAAAAAACACUGGAAGAAACAACAGCAUAAUCCAGGCGGUGUUAGAGUCCUCGAUGGGUCAGACGGCGAUAAAUUACCAAGACGAGCUAGUGUUCCAUUUUAGCUAUGUUGGCAACACCGCAUGGCUAUCAUAACAUGCUAUGUGUAUUAUCGUGACUUUCUUUUCUUAUCGUUUAUGUUAAGCAGUGCACUACAAAUGUUAUUUUUCUUUUAUAGAAAUUGGUGAUAUGUAGCUGUAACAUGUAAAUUACAAAUCAUGAAAGCAUGGUUUUUUAUGCUUAUUCUGUCUA